UCGAAAUCUUGCCCAUUCAAAAAUCAACGAGGAAUAAUACCCACGACAUUUGAAUCCUUUCUUGAAUUUCAGAUUAGAUCUUAGUGAACAUAUUGAGUUAUCUGAGAAUUCUUCAGCUCCAGAUACCUCCACAUCAAGGGAAAUCACCCAAUUACCCCGCCACAGCAAAUAUUUAAGAAAACGAAACAGCAAACCCCCCACCAGAGAUCAACCACCCAACAUGGCAUCGAACGGUGAUAAGUUUGGGAAUGAUCUGGAAUCUGAAUCCGACUCUAACCCAGGAUCUCCUAACCUUGAUGCGCAAGAGAUUGACGACAAUGUCGAGGAUAUUGACGAGAAGCCCAUCAAAUCCGCAUUAAAGAAAUCAUCACAUAAAGAGCCUGCGCCAGUUGUUGUUCGACCUAUUUUACCACCUCAAACAGAACCAAAAGACUUGGAUGUGAAGACCCUGAAUCCCCUCACGCCAGAGAUUAUCGCAAGACAAGCAACUAUCAAUAUUGGUACUAUUGGACAUGUGGCGCACGGAAAGUCAACUGUGGUGAAAGCUAUCUCAGGAGUACAAACUGUUCGUUUCAAGAACGAAUUGGAGAGAAAUAUUACGAUUAAGCUUGGUUAUGCGAAUGCGAAGAUCUACCAGUGCGAUAACAAAGAGUGUCCUAGACCAGGUUGCUUUAGAUCUUAUAAGAGUGAGAAGGAAGUUGAUCCACCAUGUGAGAGAGAUGGAUGUGGUGGUACCUACAAACUUUUGAGACACGUAUCGUAAGUUACGUUGCUUGCAAUUUUAAGCGGCAGCAAUAGCUAAUAUCUGAUAGUUUCGUCGAUUGCCCUGGUCACGAUAUUCUUAUGAGUACCAUGUUGUCUGGUGCAGCCGUCAUGGACGCCGCUCUUCUACUUAUUGCUGGAAAUGAAACUUGCCCGCAACCACAAACUUCAGAACAUUUGGCAGCCAUCGAAAUUAUGAAGCUUGAUAAGGUCAUUAUUUUACAGAACAAGGUCGAUUUGAUGAGAGAAGAAGGCGCAAACCAACAUUACCAAUCGAUAUUGAAGUUUAUUAGAGGAACUGUUGCAGGUGGAGCACCAAUUAUCCCUAUCUCCGCCCAACUGAAGUUCAACAUUGAUGCCGUUAACGAAGCUCUUGUAUCCAACAUCCCUGUCCCACCAAGAGAUUUCACAAUGGAUCCACAAAUGAUUGUUAUUCGAUCCUUCGAUGUUAACAAGCCAGGUGCUGAGAUUGACGAAUUGAAGGGUGGUGUUGCUGGUGGAAGUAUCUUGCACGGUGUCAUCAAAUUGGGUGAUGAAAUCGAGAUUAGACCUGGUAUCGUUUCUCGCGACGAAAAGGGAGGUGUUAAGUGUCAACCAAUUUUCAGCAGAAUCAUCACACUUAACUCGGAGAACAAUGAGUUGAAAUACGCCGUUCCAGGAGGACUUAUUGGUGUUGGUACUCGAAUUGAUCCUACUCUUUGCCGUGCCGAUCGUCUCGUCGGUUUCGUUCUCGGUCUCAAGGGCCGUCUCCCUGAUAUCUACAUCGAAAUCGAAGUCAACUACUAUCUGUUGCGUCGUCUCUUGGGUGUUAAGACUGCUGAUGGUAAACAAGCUAAGGUUACUAAGCUUACAAAGAACGAGGUUCUCAUGGUUAACAUUGGAUCUACUGCUACCGGUGCUAAGGUUAUGGCUGUCAAGCAAGAUGCAGCUAAAUUACUCUUGACCAACCCUGCUUGCACAAACAUUGGAGAAAAGGUUGCGCUAAGUCGUCGUAUUGAAAAACAUUGGCGAUUGAUUGGUUGGGCCACUAUCGCUGCUGGUGUAACUCUUGAUCCAAGCACUUCUUAAGAGGAUGGAUGGAAGCAAUAUUUUCAUACAUAGCCUAGGAAUUCAAGACAAAAGUGAAAGAGAGGCAUGCAGCGAUGUAUUCUUGUGAUGUAGUGAUGUGAUGGAAGAAGGAUGUCUCGAGAUCUUGAGACUCUUGGCUUAUUCUGGCCUGGUCGUCGCAUGUAUACCGAGUAUGUGAGGGAAUGUCGAUAGAUUGGGCGCGGCAAUUAAAAGUUAGCUCGAUAAUGAAUUAUUUUUUUUAUACAGCAUUCGUAUUGUGAUGUUUUUAUGAUGAUGAUGCACUUCAUUGAGUCAGCUUUG